UUGCAAAAUGUUGAUACGACUUUCGGUUUUGAUUUCGGUCGCUUUUUCGGUUGCUACUAUUGAAGGAUUGCCUGCUACUAAGCAAAAUCACGGUUUAGAAUCACUUAUGUACCAACUCAGAUCCGGCAAAGAAGAAUUAGCCAACAAAAAUUUCGAACAACAUGAUUUCCAACAGAAAGUGACCAGAGGUCUGGACUAUUUAGGAGGCGGCAAUUUAUUGAGAAGUUUAAAUAAAGUCCAUCAGAAAAAACACGAAUUUGGCGAAAGAAGUUUGGAUGAACUUGGUGGUGGAAAUUUGGUAAGAAGCUUGGAUGAGUUGGGAGGCGGUAAUUUGGUGAGGAGCUUGGAUGAGUUGGGAGGCGGUAAUUUGGUGAGAAGCUUGGAUGAGCUAGGAGGUGCCAAUUUGGUGAGGAGCUUGGAUGAAUUUGGAGAUGGCAAUUUGGAAGAAAAAAGUUUAGAUUAUUUAGGAGGAGGUAAUUUAGUCAGAAGUCUAGAUUCCCUUGGAGGCGGCAACUUGGUUAGAAGUCUAGAUUCCCUUGGCAGCGCCAACUUAGUCAGAAGUCUAGAUUCCCUUGGGGGCGCCAACUUAGUCAGAAGUCUAGAUUCCCUUGGGGGCGCCAACUUAGUCAGAAGUCUAGAUUCCCUUGGGGGCGCCAAUUUAGUCAGAAGUCUAGAUUCCCUUGGGGGCGCCAACUUGGUCCGAAGUCUAGAUUCCCUUGGAGGCGCCAACUUAGUCAGAAGUCUAGACUCUCUUGGUGGAGGCAACUUGGUCAGAAGUCUAGAUUCCCUUGGGGGCGCUAACUUAGUCAGAAGUCAAGAUACCCUUGGGGGUGCCCACUUGGUCAGAAGUCUAGAUUCCCUUGGGGGCGCCAACUUGGUCCGAAGUCUAGACUCUCUUGGGGGCGCCAACUUGGUCAGAAGUCUAGAUUCCCUUGGUGGGGGGAACUUGGUCAGAAGUCUAGAUUCCCUUGGAGGUGGCCAUUUGGUCAGAAGCUUAGAUUCUUUAGGAGGAGGUCAUCUGGUAAGAGAUUUGGAUUCUCUUGGAGGUGGAAAUCUGGUCAGAAGUCUAGAUGCCCUCGGAGGUGCCAACUUAGUCAGAAGUCUAGACUCCCUUGGAGGUGGCAACUUGGUCCGCAGCUUAGACUCACUUGGAGGGGGAAAUUUAAUAAAAAGAAAUGCAGAUCAAGAUUUAAAAUUAGCCAGAGCUUUAGACUAUCUCGGCGGAGGCAAUUUAUUAAGAAGCCUGGAUUCUUUAGGAGGCGCACAUCUGGUAAGAUCUACUCAGGAAGAGGAUUUUUCACGACGCCAGUCGUCCAAUAAAACUUGGAAUUAUUUGUUGAACUAUUUAAAAAAACUUGAAAGAAAUUCGCAUUAAGAUUAAGAUGAUGGAUUGCUGUGACUGACAAUAAUAACAUUUUGU